AUGUCGGGGGCGGCGGUCGGGGUCGCCAGCCGGCGGCGGCGGCUGAGCGCCGAGGAGGGCAUCUCCUUCGAGUACCACCGCUACGCCGAGCUGCGGGAGGCGCUGGUGGCCGUGUGGCUGCAGUGCCCCGCCAUCAGCAGGAUCUACACGGUGGGGCGCAGCGCCGAGGGCCGGGAGCUCUUGGUCCUCGAGGUCUCCGACCGCCCCGGCGAGCACGAGCCCGGAGAACCGGAAUUUAAAUAUGUUGGGAAUAUGCAUGGAAAUGAAGCUGUUGGAAGGGAGUUGCUCAUCUUCUUGGCUCAGUACUUGUGUAACGAAUACCAGAAAGGAAAUGAAACUAUUAUCAACUUGAUCCAUAGCACGCGUAUCCAUAUUAUGCCAUCUUUGAACCCAGAUGGCUUUGAGAAGGCAGCGUCCCAGCCCGGUGAACUUAAAGACUGGUUUGUUGGUCGAAGUAAUGCCCAAGGGAUAGAUCUAAACCGGAAUUUCCCAGAUCUUGAUAGAAUAGUCUAUGUUAAUGAGAAAGAAGGUGGCCCAAACAACCAUCUGCUGAAAAACAUGAAAAAAGCUGUGGACCAGAAUCCUAAGCUUGCUCCUGAAACGAAAGGUGUCAUUCACUGGAUUAUGGAUAUUCCCUUUGUGCUCUCUGCCAAUCUUCACGGAGGAGACCUUGUUGCAAACUACCCUUAUGAUGAGACUCGGAGUGGCAGUGCUCACGAAUACAGCUCCUGUCCCGAUGAUGCUAUUUUUCAAAGCCUGGCUCGAAGUUAUUCUUCUUUUAAUCCUGCUAUGUCUGAUCCAAACAGACCACCAUGUCGCAAAAAUGACGAUGACAGCAGCUUUGUGGAUGGAACAACUAAUGGCGGCGCAUGGUACAGCGUCCCGGGAGGAAUGCAGGAUUUUAAUUACCUCAGCAGCAACUGCUUUGAAAUCACAGUGGAGCUUAGCUGUGAAAAAUUUCCACCUGAAGAAACUCUGAAGGGCUACUGGGAAGACAACAAGAACUCCCUUAUCAAUUACAUUGAGCAGAUUCAUCGAGGAGUGAAGGGGUUUGUCAAAGAUCUUCAGGGCAAUCCAAUAGCAAAUGCUACAAUUUCUGUGGAGGGGAUAAGCCAUGAUAUUACAUCAGCCAAGGAUGGUGAUUACUGGAGAUUGCUUGUGCCUGGAAAUUACAAACUUACAGCCUCAGCACCAGGCUAUCUAGCAAUAACUAAAAAAGUGGCUGUGCCCUUUAGCCCUGCGGUUGUGGUUGAUUUUGAACUGGAGUCACUGUCUGAAAGAAAAGAAGAAGAGAAAGAAGAGUUGAUGGAAUGGUGGAAGAUGAUGUCAGAAACACUAAAUUUUUAAAUGAAGAUUUUGGCUUUACAGCUUUUAAUCUAUUAUAUGUUGACUUAGUAUAAUGUACUGUGGAGAGUCCCUAUAUUCUAGAUUUUGUGCACUUCACAAUAAUUAACUUUGAAUUUUUCAGUCAUCUUUUGAUUAAAAUGAUUACAGAUAACUACUAGCCUCCUAGCUAGAUAAGUUAUUAAUUUUCUUUCAUAUUGUUAUAGAAAAUUUACUCUUAUAUACAAAUCAGAAAAAAAUGAGUGAAUGCAGCCUAUAUGAAAGUACAAUCUGUUGUGUAUUAUUUGCAAGUUCAGAAUAUGUAGGUUAACUCUUGAUUUUAAAAAAGAAAUAUGCUGUAGUCAAUUCCCAAUACUGCCAGAAAUAUUUGACAGUGCAUAGUAGUAGGCAGUGCUCUUUACUGAGUUCUAUAAUGGAUGUUAUUGAAAAGAUUUAUAAUAACAGUGUGUGGUGUAAUGUUUUACAAGGAUUAAAAUUCAGUAUAACAUUUUGUAUGUCUUUGGUGUUGGGGCUAUUUAAAAAUGUAAGAAACAUAACCUGACUUCAUUUUAGUAAGCAGAAGGAAUCUGCGUAAGCUCUUUUAUUAAAGAUGGCAUGGAAUGAAUUCAGGAAAUAGGAGAGCUUUAUUCCUUAAACUGUUAAUGAUAUUUCAAGAUUAGGUUUUAAUUAUUUCUUAUUACUUAUUAAGCCAAUUAAAAAUUCUGAAUGGGUGAAGAAGAGCUUGUGCAUCUUAAUAUGCUGCUUGUGUUUGUUUUACAGCAAGAAAAAAAAACGUUUCAGGUGAUGUCUAUUUUAAUUAGAUAACUACCUUUUCAACAA